GGUGUCUCAAAAAGUUGAAGAGCGCAGGCGUGUCCUGUCUCUUUCCUUUCUUCUCGUUGGACGUUUGAAGGCAAGAUGGGUCACCAGCAGCUCUAUUGGAGUCACCCGCGAAAAUUCGGCCAGGGAUCUCGUUCUUGCCGCGUCUGCUCGAACCGGCACGGUCUGAUCCGGAAGUACGGGCUCAACAUGUGCCGGCAGUGUUUCCGUCAGUACGCGAAGGACAUCGGCUUCAUUAAGUUGGACUAAGUGAUCUUCCUUGAAUGGAUUAUCCAAGACCAUACCACUCAAUGAAAGACUGUAUUUGUACGUAAAAUAAAAAUUUAAAAAGUCGUUCAA